UGGGACAAUCACAAAGGCAAAGGGGUCAAGAGGAGGAGAAACCACGUGGGACUGGCUGGUCUUGCGUUGCCCUGUCCUCCUUUGAGAGUUGUUUCCGUGCGUAGAGCUCUUUACAUGUUUCGAGCGUGCUCGAAAGGGGAGCAUCACAGUUGAACAACUCUGCACAGAGGACGUAAUUCUGAUACGAGACGUGAAAGCUACCCACAUUAAUCAUGGUGAGCAAGACGGACGACAUCCCGGCAACAGUGCCGACUGGUAAAACAUCCGAUCACACCGAGGAAGGUGAGCCGCUGGACAGCAAAGACACCAUAAAGGAAUCGCUGAAAGAUCUGUGCGCCUGUGGGCACAGUGCGGACACCACAGUUAUGAACGGCGAUGGCGUGCACGACCACACCGAGGAGUCGAAGCCAGAGGGGGGCGGGGACCCCGAGCAGGGGGAGGACUCCAGUGAACAGGAGGUGAUCGUGAUCCAGGACACUGGCUUCACCGUCAAGAUCCAGGCCCCGGGAACUGAGCCCUUUGACCUGCAGGUGUCCCCCCAGGAGAUGGUGCAGGAGAUCCACCAGGUGCUGAUGGACAGAGAGGACACCUGCCACCGCACCUGCUUCUCCCUGCAGCUGGACGGCAACGUCCUGGACAACUUCGCUGAGCUCAAGUCCAUCGAGGGUCUACAGGAGGGCUCCCUGCUCCGUGUCGUGGAAGAACCGUAUACCGUGCGCGAGGCUCGGAUUCACGUUCGGCACAUCAGAGACCUGCUGAAGAGUCUGGACCCGUCAGACGCCUAUAACGGUGUGGACUGCAACUCGCUGUCAUUCCUGAGCCUGUUCACUGACGGGGACCUGGGCGAGAGCGGGAAGCGGAAGAAGGGUAGCGAGCUGGAGCAGAUCGACUGCACCCCCCCCGAACACAUCCUGCCCGGCAGCAAGGACCGCCCCCUCGCCCCCCUGCAGCCACUCAACCGCGACUGGAAGCCGCUGCAGUGCCUGAAGGUCCUGACCAUGAGCGGGUGGAACCCUCCCCCUGGAAACAGGAAGAUGCACGGUGACCUAAUGUACUUGUACCUGGUCACUGUGGAGGAGAGGCACAUCAGCGUGACUGCCUCCACCCGUGGAUUCUACCUCAACCAGUCCACCACCUACACGUUUAACCCCAAGCCUGCGAGUCCCAGCUUCCUGAGCCACUCAUUGGUGGAGCUGCUGAGCCAGAUUAGUCCUGCCUUCAAGAAGAACUUCACCACCCUGCAACGGAAAAGGGUCCAGCGACACCCCUUUGAGAGGAUAGCCACACCCUUUCAGGUGUACAGCUGGACGGCUCCUCAGGUGGACCAUGCCAUGGACUGUGUGAGGGCCGAGGACGCCUACACCUCCCGGCUGGGCUACGAGGAGCACAUACCUGGACAGACGAGGGACUGGAACGAGGAGCUUCAGACGACGCGAGAGCUGGCCCGAAAGAACCUUCCUGAGCGCCUGCUGAGAGAGAGGGCCAUUUUCAAGGUGCACAGUGACUUUGCUGCGGCAGCCACUCGGGGGGCGAUGGCAGUGAUUGACGGGAACGUCAUGGCGAUCAACCCGGGGGAGGACACGCGCAUGCAGAUGUUCAUCUGGAACAACAUCUUCUUCAGCCUGGGGUUCGAUGUGCGAGACCACUACCGCGAGCUGGGUGGGGAUGCUGCGGCCCACGCCGCGCCCACCAACGACCUGAACGGCGUGCGGGCCUACGGCGCGGUGGACGUGGAAGGGCUGUACACGCUGGGCACGGUGGUGGUGGAUUACCGCGGAUACCGCGUGACGGCACAGUCGAUCAUCCCGGGCAUCCUGGAGCGCGAGCAGGAGCAGAGCGUGGUCUACGGCUCCAUCGACUUCGGCAAAACGGUGGUGUCGCACGGCCGCUACCUGGAGCUGCUGGAGAAGACCAGCCGGCCGCUGAAAGUGCAGCGACACAACGUGCUCAAUGAGAAGGACCAGUCUGUGGAGCUCUGCUCCUCCGUCGAGUGCAAGGGCAUUAUGGGUAACGACGGGCGCCACUACAUCCUGGACCUGCUGCGCACCUUCCCGCCUGACCUGAACUUCCUGCCUGUGGAGGAGGAGGAGCUGUCACCCGAGAGUCAACGGCACGGCUUCCCCCGCCCGCAUCGGCACCGUCUGGCCUGCCUGCGCCAGGAGCUGAUAGAGGCCUUCGUAGAGCACAGGUACCUGCUCUUCAUGAAGAUGGCCGCAUUGCAGCUGAUGCAGCACAAAGCCAAUAAAGAGAGCAAGGCUGAGCCAGAGUUAGCCCUGCCAGCGAGCGGUGCAGACUCCACCACGCCAGAGAGCAAACCAGCACCGACUGUUGCUGACGGCGGUCCCGUGUCGACUGUUGCUGACGGCGGUCCCGUGUCGACUGUUGCUGACGGCGGUCCCGUGUCGACUGUUGCUGACGGCGGUCCCGUGUCGACUGUUGCUGACGGCGGUCCCGUGUCGACUGUUGCUGACGGCGGUCCCGUGUCGACUGUUGCUGACGGCGGUCCCGUGUCGACUGUUGCUGACGGCGGUCCCGUGUCGACUGUUGCUGACGGCGGUCCCGUGUCGACUGUUGCUGACGGCGGUCCCGUGUCGACUGUUGCUGACAGCGGUCCCGAAUCGCCCCAGUCUGAAGCCUCCUCACCUGCUGCUGUUACUGUGGCAACCACAAAUGGCUCUCUUCUGCCAGCUGCCACAACUCUGCUGCCAAACGGGGAGUGUGACAGCCCUCUGGAGGGUAAGGAGGCAGAGGAACAUAUCCCGGGUCUAGCCCAGGCCAAAGAGCUGGAGAGUAUCCCGGGUCUAGCCCAGGCCAAAGAGCUGGAGAGUAUCCCGGGUCUAGCCCAGGCCAAAGAGCUGGCCCAAUCCUUAGCAGCAGGCGACGGCUCUGGUAUCGAUCCACGCAGCAGAGAGGUGGUUCUGAAUGCCUGCAGGGCCGUGGGAUCCAUCAGCCUCAGCUCCUUUGACAUCCGCUUCAACCCUGACAUCUUCUCCCCAGGUGUGCGUUUUCCUGACGACAGCGCUGAAGACAUCCUGAAACAGAAGCAGCUGCUGAAGGAUGCUGCUGCUUUCCUGGUGUCCUGUCAGAUCCCCUCGCUGGUGAAAGACUGCCUGGAUCACAGUUCUCUGCCCAUGGAUGGAGCCACUCUGACUGAAGCUCUUCACCAGCACGGCAUCAACGUGCGUUACCUUGGCAAUGUGCUGGAGUUUGUUGACAAGACCCCAGCCAGAGCCCAGCUCGACCACCUCUACAAAAUUGGAAUCAGCGAAUUAAUCACCAGAUGUGCCAAACACAUCUUUAAAACAUACCUCCAGGGGGUGGAGCUGUCUGCGCUGUCGGCGGCUGUGAGCCACUUCCUCAACUGCUUCCUGAGCUCGUUUGCGGACGCAGUGGCGCACCUGCCGGCCGAUGAGCUGCUGUCCCGCCGGAAGAACCGGCGCCGCCGAAACCGAGUCCCAGGGGGUGGAGACAACACGGCCUGGGCCAGCCUCACGCCCAGCGAGCUGUGGAGAAACAUCGCCUCCGAAGCACAGAGCUACUACCACUACAGCCUGAGCUGUGAGAGUGUGGACCAAGCGGUGGAGAGCUAUGCCCUUCAGAAGAUCACCCUGCUCAGAGAAAUCUCUCUCAAGACUGGCAUCCAGAUCCUCAUUAAAGAGUAUAACAUGGACAGCCGGCACAAGCCUGCCUUCACUGAAGAGGACAUUCUCAACAUCUUCCCCGUCGUCAAACACGUCAACCCCAAAGCCUCCGAUGCCUUCCACUUCUUCCAGAGCGGCCAGGCCAAAGUCCAGCAAGGCUUCCUAAAGGAGGGCUGUGAGCUGAUCAGUGAGGCGCUGAAUCUCUUCAACAACGUUUACGGAGCCAUGCAUGUGGAGAUCUGUGCCUGCCUGCGUCUGCUAGCCCGACUCAACUACAUCAUGGGAGAUCAUCAGGAGGCUCUCAGUAACCAACAGAAGGCCGUGCUGAUGAGCGAGAGAGUUCUGGGUAUUGAACAUCCAAACACCAUCCAAGAAUACAUGAACCUGGCGCUGUACUGCUUUGCUAACGGGCAGCUGUCCACGGCCCUGAGGCUGCUCUACCGCGCACGAUACCUCAUGCUGCUCGCGUGUGGGGAGGACCACCCAGAGAUGGCGCUGUUGGAUAGCAACAUCGGCCUGGUGCUUCAUGGUGUGAUGGAGUAUGACCUGUCCCUGCGCUUCCUGGAGAAUGCCUUGACUAUCAACUCCAAAUACCAUGGCCCUCGCUCCCUGAAAGUGGCUCUCAGUCACCACCUGGUGGCGCGAGUGUACGAGAGCAAGGCUGAGUUUCGCUCCGCUCUGCAGCACGAGAAGGAGGGAUAUACCAUCUACAAGAACCAGGUGGGGGAGGGGCAUGAGAAGACGAAGGAGAGUUCAGAGUACCUGAAGCACCUGACCCAGCAGGCCGUGGCUCUGCAGAGGACCAUGAACGAGAUCUACAAGAACGGCUCCAACGCCAGCAUCAUGCCCCUUAAAUUCACAGCUCCUAGCAUGGCCAGUGUCCUGGAGCAGCUCAACAUCAUCAACGGCAUAAUCUUCAUCCCGCUCAGCCAGAAGGACCUGGAGACGCUGAAGGCAGAGGUUCAGAGACGGCAGCAGCUGCAGGAGUCUGAGAAGGGCAUGGAGCAGUUGGACGACAGUCAGCUGGAGUUGGACGACAAACUUCCUGUGGAUGAUUAACAGAGCGCCCCUCUGGCUGGAAGGCCAAGGAGCCCUGCUCUCGAGACUGUGGACUUGCGCUAUGUUUUAAAAGAUUUUUUGGAUGUGGGGGGGAGGGUCUGGUCAGAAAAGGAAAUCUAUUGGCAGAGCUGAUAAAAGCAGGGGUCGAAUGAAAAAAUAAUAAUGAUAAUAAUAAUACUGAAAGUAAUAAUGAUAAGUUUGUACAUGUGCAAUCAUCGCGAGUUUGAAGAAGCUGAUUUUCGCCUGAUUUUCGAGGUGGAGGAGGCGGGGGAAGGGUGGUGAACACCGAUACUAAUGCUAAUGCUGCACCUGCUCUUAGCCCCGCCCCUUAGCCCCGCCUCCUUUCCCACAACCUGCGGAGAGCUUCCCCCUAGUGUGCCUCUGCUUGCACUGCACACUGCUCUCCCACAACUCAGGUGAUUUCUACUGUGCCGCAGGGGAGAGAAGUGAAUAUUAAAACUCAAGACCACACUUCCCAAACUCCAGCAGUUACCCCCACCCCCCUGCGUAUAGCCAGCUGUCAGGACUGCGGUGCCAUUGGCCAGAUUUACACACAUUUAUGAGGUUUUGUGAAAUGCAAUGUGGCUUUUUUUUAAGCUGGGGGAAGCCAUUGCCAGUAGAUUAUUUAUCAAUGAAUCGAAGAAAAGUCUAUUUUACGUAAAUCAAAGUCCAUGGGAAAUAUGUAUAUCUGUAUGUCCGGGGUUAGCAGUGUGCUCUUGUGAUGCAGAUGGAAGUGCAGAUUUGACAUGUUAAAUUCACACUAAGACCAGAGUAGGUCCGCCCUGUGUGUGUGUGUGUGUGUGUGUGUGUGUGCGUGCGUGCAUGCAUGCGUGUGUGCGUGCACAGGGACCUGAAAGAAAGAGUAGAGGAUGCUGUUGCUGUCAAAUAUAUUUUUAUACACGGAAUAUUAUCUGUGGAAUGGUUAUUUGGCUAAUGCAAGUUGAUUGUUGUUUUUGGCAGCCUGAUUGUAGAUUUGCUGCUGUUCAAUCUGACCCAAGAGGAAUCCCUUUGGCCAGGAGGAAUAAUUCGAGCCAGACAGUCUGUUGCAGGGUUAACGCUUCUUUUGUGUUCGGGUCUGCAGUCUGUGAGUUCUAUGACUUCAUAAUGUCUCGGCAGCAUUUUGUUUGUGUGUCUUUUGACCGACUGGAGCAGCAUCCAAAGGAUGUGGUGGGGGGGAGGGGCUGUACCUGUAAUGAACCAAAAAGGGGAGUAGUUAUGUGCGAUCACAUGACAGUCUGCUCACACCACACUGUGCUGGGGGAGACGGGUGGCGGGUGUUAAAGCUACAGUAUGUGUAUCCCAACUUCUUACUGUUGGUGAUGGAAGAUUUCUGUGAGUGUGUGGAAUGAACAGGCCUUCAUAGCAGGACCUGGAGCCUGUGUAUGUGUUGGGAAGCAGAAUGUCGUUUCAGUUGAAUGGUAAACUGGCACUGCUUCACUGUGUUUAAGUGCUGUCCAGGUUUCUCUGGCUUUGCCAAACAGCUGGGCUGCUGUGUGACGCUGCUGUGUGACCCCCAUCUGUUUCCCUGUGCGCUCCUUUUGCAGUACCGUUAACCUCCACCGAGCUUUGCUACAGAGACUGCAUUAAAUUCAGGAUUUACAAAAGUGACUAAAUGGAGGAUGAACAUUUUCUAUCCUGCUGAUGACACAUUGAUGCAUAUCUCCAAUGCCAGAAUGCUGGUAUUUUUCUGUGUGAUCCUGAUCCUAUCUGAAGAAUUUCAGAUGAGUGUGAGAUGGAGCAGGCUUGGUUUUAAUAAAGAGAGAUAAGAUGGUUUGUGUUAUGGGCUUCAGUUAUGGGCAGUAUGACAUGAAACGAAACUCUCUGAGUUAAGUAUUUGCCCUCUUUACACGUAGAUAAGCAAGGCUCAUGGGCAAUUCUGGUGCUUAAACUUAGUUCAUUAAAACCUCCACCUGGAGCUGUAUUCUGAUCGUGCUAUAAUAUUCCAUGCCAUACAUUUACUAUAAUAUCUUUCACAGUACAGUGGAGUGCAUGGGGAGCCAGAUGUCUGUUGCUGUUAAGAUGUUGAGUACCGUCUUGCUUUGCUCUCGGUAAAAAAACCACAUGAUACUUUAUCCCAAUGAAACAACAUAAUCUUACCCGUUAGUAUUGGUAGAAUUAACAUUUUUACAGUAACAUGGUCUAGGUGUAUCAAACACUUGUACAUAUAAGACCUACGAUAUGGAGCCUUUUGUAACGUAAAUUGAUCAAACCCCUGUAGUACAUGAUUUUCUGUGCAGAGAGCUUUCCAAAAUGUGAAAAAUUGAAUGUUCUUUGAUCAAAUGCAGUGUAUAUCUCAAGUGAAAUGUUACUAAACUUAAACCUCUUUUUCACCACUUGAAUUGUUUUCAUGUGAUUUAAAAAGGGGGAAAUUGAGAACCUAUUUGAAGUUUGAAAACAUAAGGAUUUGGUAUGAAUAUUGAAUGUAUGUGUGCAUUGUAAGAAUGCUCCUGGAUAUAUUUGGAUGAUAUUUCAUAGACUUGCAGGCCUGUUUGGGUUUACAAAAACAAACAAAAAAAACAAAAAAUUGCCUUCUAAUAUGGUUUGGGGCUGUAUUGGGUGACCUCUGAUCAGUACUGCAGUAUCAUAAGCAGGCCUGUGUGUAUUUUGCCCGUACUGUGUGUGUGUCCUGCUUGGCUAAGUUGAGCCGGUGUCCCAUUGAUGGCUGUUCUGAAACGUAUGCUUCUUUCAUCUCCGCGUGCACUGCUGCAUUCAGAACUCCCACCCAAUCUGUGUUCGUCCACGGCGCACGUAUCCGCUUUCACCGUCCUGGUUUCUUCCUGUGCUGUCCGCGCCCAGGUCUGCUCUGGCCCACCCAGCGAACCCUGACCACACCCCAACUCCGUCCAGCUCAUCCUGGCCACGCCCAGGUCGUGACCCUGCACUCUGGAUGAAGUGGUGGCUGGCUGCAGAAGCUGGGGCUGCUCAGUCGUGCCUCCUGCGCUGUGAAACGCACACUGGUCCAUGCUCUUGCCCAUCUCUGAGGACAUUCUCCCGCGCGUUGUGUGCGUCCUCGCUGUGUGGUGUCUGUCCCUCUCCACAAAUAAUCCCUCCUUUUUUCCUUUUUGGUCUGAGUAUGCUUUUGUAUUAAAAUAAAGAAAACUAGUGAACUA